ACAGAACAGAACAGAACAGAUCUUUUAUUUGAUAAACACAGAUUACAAAACAUACAUUUUGUAAUAACAUGUGAACAAAUAUACACAUAUAUAUACACAAAGGUGGAUACAGAUCAAUGUGGAUGUGGGGAUGGUGAUCACACAUUUUAAAUCAGCAGAAAUGAAUAUCUAUGUUAAAUCAAUUUAGAAGUCCUUUAGUAAUACAUAAUUUUCUAAAGAUAUUAAUGGGUCAGUGCACUUACUUUUCAGCUGCUAUUUAUAAUUUUUGUUACAGGUAGGCAAAAAGAGAACUUUCCUUGAAACAGAUCAGAACAAAAUAAACUUCAAUUUGUUAUUCCUCAUCGUCAUUAAUCAACUAAAAAAACUUUUUUGUUUCUUAAGACUAUGUACAAUAUUUUAAAUGAGAUAUGAUCUUGGGCUGAAUAAGUAAAUGAAUAGUGAAUGAAGUACUAGUGUUACAUCAUAACACUAGGCUACUACUAGAGGACAGCAUAAUAUCUAUAGCAAAAAGUAAAUACAACAACAAAAAAAGAAAUCAACAACAAUAACAGCUGUGUUUCGUAUCUCAAAAUAAAGUAACUAUUAUAACCUCAACUUCUGAGAGUUUCGUGAAGUGGCUGACUGUGGCCAGUAGAUGUCUUAAGGGAUCAAUAAGCCAUGGUCGCAUUAGCUUUUGGCCCAAGACGGAUUUUUGCAUAAACCACCUAUAUCCGAUGAAGUUCAUAGGAUGAUAGACUGUAUUCCAUAGGCAUACGAAAAGAUAAUGUUAAGUAAUGACUUCUAGUUUGUACCAAGCCUGUGCGGUUAUAUCAGAUAAUUGUUUGUAGAUGCUGAUGUGACCCAUAAAAGACACGAAAAGGAAGACAUGUCGGAAAAGGUCUUUAACACCUGCAUACCAAACAAAGCGUGUUAUCCACGAUACCACAAUACGAAAAGGCGGCUCAAAGAUCUCCAGCAAAGAUUUGCCGAUUUGCAAGCUACCCUUAGCUGUAGCUGCGGUGCAGCUUUGCCAGAAAGUUUUGGAGAUGUGCGCUUCAUUAUCCUAAGCAGUAAGCCUACGAACAGUAUUAAAACGGUCAGCAGUUCUAUAUCAAAGGCACUGUUUCCAAAUGAAGAUGCAGAACAAAACUUUAUUAUGGGAAGCAGUUUGCAAAAAGUACUGAGAGAAAUACAAUCUGAAGCGAUUGUAUUCGUGCCUAGUCGAAUGUCAGAGUUUUUACACCGCAACAUCAGCAAGAACAGAGGCGUUCAAUUCAUUAUUGUGACAAAUGAUACAUUGGAGCGCAAACAGAUUAUUGAUAUAUUCGAAGGGUACUCAAAUGUUAAAGUUUCUCUGGUUGAAGAUGUAAAGGAUACAGCAAGUGUAGCCCUGGAAGAAAUUAUUUUCAAGCCAAUGAAGUAUACGACCGAAACCUUAGUAAAACUUCUCAAACUGGACGAAAGACAUAACACUCAUGAAGAUACUAAAACGAAGCGUAGUAAACCAAAGACGUACAUUGGUACAAAUACGUGCAGGAAAUGCUUUGAAAGAAAACGUUUAUCACGAAAACUAGGAAAAGACAAUAGAAACAGAACGACAACCAAGAAAAUUGGUAUAACAGCACAAGGGAAAAGGAAGAACAGAGCUGCAAGAAAUAGAAGAAAAGAGAUGUUAAUGUUAAUUUGUCUUGAUUGUGCUCAGAGAUCCAAACAGGUAGAACCAAUAGAGUACCUAACAAGAAGUAAACUGCAAGCUUAUAAUGCCAAAGUGCUGGAAGAAAAGAUACAAAAGCAUAGAGAUUCGAUGAAACGUCUCCUUGGUGAAAUAUUAGGAAUGUACGACAGAAGUAGAGUACCAGAAAACAAAAGACCAGGGAUCAAUGAAAGUCUUGAACAAAACGUAAGUGAUGAGAUUGCAAAGAAACUGUAUGCAAUCGAUGCAUCUGUGAAAAGUUGUGGAUAUCGAUUUAAAACGCUUCAAGUCUUUGUUGAUGAUACAUGCAAUGACAAGAUAAACAACAAUAUAAAGGACGUCUUAAGAAAGAAUAAAAUUAUGAAUUAUGACAUAGUGCCCUCAAUUGGGUCUUUCAAACCAUUGUAUAAAGUAGGCGCAAAGGUCCAACCAAACUUGGACCCAAAUAGGUACGGCACUAUUGGUGGUUUCGCAAAGAAAAACAAACAAGGUCUGUGUGCCUUAGUGUCUAGACAUGUUGCCAUUCAUUCCCCUGACAAAAGUGUCCUUCUUCGAAAUGGGCAUAUUGAGAUUCGGGCAAGAAUUAUACCUGAAACAUUACCACCACAAGAUUUACAUGAUAAGAUACUGGACAUCUCAGCAGUUGAGAUAAAGCCCAUUGAUAAAGAAAAAUGUGAUACCAGGUUUAGAACUGAAGAUGGAGAUCUAACGACUGGAAAAGAAAGUAGCUAUGAAACCAGACAACUUCGCAGUAGGCAAGUACAUCUCUGGGGUGGUACAACAUCACCAGGUUUGGGAAUUGUAACCAUGCCGAAUAUUCGUGACAGAGAUAGAGAUAAUACCUUUAUCAUUGUUGAAGACAGACAAAAUACAAAUGAAUCAUUUUGUAAAGAAGGUGACAGUGGUUCUAUUGUAUGUGCUGAUGAUAUUGACGGUGAAGGGGUUGAAGUGAUCUCAAUGCUUAUCGGUGAAGAUAAUGCUCAUCGGGGCAAAUAUGCUACAUUUAGAAUAGACAAGGGCUUAGAACAAUUAAAAAGGCAAACCAAGGAUGACUUUCAUUUAUGUAAGGACUGAAGUUGGAUACUGACAUUUGUCUUGAGUAUAUGUAUGUAGUCGCAUUGGGUUUUCAUUUAUUACUUCGUCUUGAAUUAAACAGUUCAUGUGACAUUGAAGUACACCAGACUGCUACCAGUACUAAAUAUCCUCUCAUAUUAUAAGCAGUUCUUUGCCGAGCCUUUGAUGAAUGAAUAAUAUUUGAUAUGUCGAAAUUCACUGUAUCACAAUACAUUAGUCUGGCGAUACGAGUAUCGUAUCAUAGGCCUGUUUCACGAUACAGAAACAUACAGUGAAAAGUAGGAACAUUGAAUGCAAACUUACAUACAAUCAGUGUUAAAGAUUCUGAGUUAGGUAUAUACACAUGUUAUACUCCGUUUAAAAUAUUUAUUUUGAAUUGUUCAGUUUCUAUAUCGUGGAUAUCUUGAAUAUAUUUCAUAUAUUUCCUUAUUUAUAUAGGGAAGGUCAUUGUUGAUUUAUUACUCCCAAUGAGUGAAUUACUAGUAUUCCAUACUUUCAUUUGCAUUGUUUCAUUUUGUGGAUUUUUGUUGAAAUCAUUCUGCUUCAAGAAAUAUAGACAUUAUUUAAGAAUGAAUUUUGAUUUUGUAAUAUAUUUUCUUUAAAUGACCUUAAACUAAAUCUCUGAUAGUUUUCCCAAUCUUUGUUCGUUAUGUCUUUCCACAAUCCACUAUUUGAAAUAUUUUGAUCCUUUUCAUUCAGUCAGAUUUGAAAAAAAUCUAGAUAUAUUGAAAUGUCUACAAGGUUUAUACCUCCACAGUCAAAGUCUUGUAUAAAUAUAUAUCUCUUUAAAUUUUAUUUCUCUUUGCAUUUCAAAUAAACUCAUAAAAUUGUCAGUGCCAAACCAACAAUUAUAUUAUCAGAAGGGUAUGGGAGUACUGAAACCAGGUAUGCUAUUUUAUAUAGAUUACUGAUUUCAGUACAGAAACAUUUCCUCCCGCUGUUUAGCGUUUUAAUUUCUUUUCUAUAUAUCGGUGUGGAAUGGAUUUAUUCUUGAGUCAUACUUCAGUUCUAAUAUUUUCUUUGUAUUUGAAUGGAAAAGUAUACCUUGAGUUUUGGCCUCUUAUGAAGUCCAUGUCAUCUUCUCCAAUAAUUUUCUAAAGUAAAUUAAAUCAUGCCAUGGGGCCUCCGUGGCCGAGUGGUUAAGGUCGCUGACUUCAAAUCACUUGCCCCUCAUCGAUGUGGGUUCGAGCCUCACUCGGGGCGUUGAAUUCUUCUAAGGAAGCCAUCCAGCUGGCUUACGGAAGGUCGGUGGUUCUACCCAGGCGCCCGCUCGUGAUGAAAUAAUGCACGGAGGCACAUCUGGGGUCUUCCUCCACCAUUAAAGCUGGAAAGUCGCGAUAUGACCUAUCAUGUGUCGGUGCGACGUUAAAUCCAACAACAACAACAAAAAUCAUGUCAUGACCUGAGACAUGGAAAUAUUUAUCAAACAUAUUCAUCAUUUCGUUAAAACUUCACUGGAACCGUCGAGUGGUAAAGUGUCGUUAUCUGUAAACAUUUGUAUACCUUUGAUAUUUCUAUUUUUGAAUGCCUAUUGAUAAUAAUUCUAUAGCUAAAAUGAAUAUAUAAGGAGAUAAAGGUGAUCCUUGACGAACUCCCCGUCUAAUGUUACAUAUAUCUGUUAAAAACCCAGUUUAUAAAAUAUGGCUUGAUUAUAAAACAAUUUAAACCAAUUCUUUAGAUCUGGACCAAAAUUAAAGAGAUGUAACGUUAUAUAAAGUUAUGGCUAUGACAGUCGAAAGCUUUUCCGAACCCUGCAAAGAUAAAAGAGUCCAAAAACUUCGUAUGAUAGUUUUUAUCGUAUGAACUUCAAACGCAUUUCGUACGCUAAAAAUUGCCAAUGCUGUUUCAAAAAAAUCUUAAAUAUGCCACGAAUCUAAGAAAUUAUUUGAGAAGUUAUAAUAGCUGUCGAACAAACUUCGUAUAUGUUGUUGACAAUUAAUAAAAUGCAAAUCAU